AUGGUGAGAGAGUUGCUUGUGUUUGCAAAUGAUGCCAUUUAUGAAGACUGUUGGGUUUUCGCCUUGGAACACAAAAUUGCUAUGGGAUACUGCCAAGUUCUCGGGACCUCAGGGUUGGUGUCAUUUCUAUUAACAAUGCCCACUGUAAUGUUUGGACUAUUAAGCGGAAUCGCACUAGUUGCUGCUGUAGGACGGAACACUGUGUGGCGAGCGAAGCUGCGAUUGUAUGCAGUUACCCAGUUUAUAAUUGAUUUUUUGUUCUCAACUGUUGUGGGCAUUAUGCACUUGUUUCUGUGUUACGGUCUCCCGUGGCUUAGCUAUGGUGGUGUGUAUUUGCACAAGAAUAGUGAUCUGGAUUGCCGCAUAGUGCAUUUUCUCUACUCACUUUCAUUUAGUGCAAUGAGCACUCUCCUUCUAGCAAGUACUUUGGACUUCGUAUUAUCAGUACGAUUUGAUGGACAAGCAUCUCCUACAUCAACCAGAACAGUAGUGUUUGGAAGCAUUUUGCUGGCCAUCGUAUUCGCGUUGCCAGAUCUUGCCGUUUGCAGCCUCUGGAAUUUAGAUGGUAGGAUCUAUUGUUCCACAUCGGCCACACUGCCACGUAUUGUGAUUUUAUUGGCUGAACUGCACCAGUUUUUUCUUGUGCAUGGAAGCUCUCAGUGCAUAUCCACAUUUGUACUGCUCGGAAUCCUUUCAAAAACAACCAAAUCAUUGGACAUUACUGUAAGUCUGUUAUACGGAGCAUCUCAGAUAAAGGAUAACGUUUGCAACGCAGCAUACGAAGCUUCGGAGGUAACGCGCCACCUAAAAGAAAAAGCAAACUUUAUUUUAGUGCGAUCUGCAUUGAUGGGAACCACUCUCCUCCUCAGGGCACUACUGUGUCUUUAUCUUGAUAAUCGACUUUAUUUCCUCCAGGAAGAAAGACGGAGUGAUGCGCGCACCAUACUCUACACAUUUACUGGCGUUAAACACAUACUGGACUACAUGGUGAUACUGGCUUCCAUUUUCCAUUACUGGUUAUAUUAUUUCAACUUUGAAUGCUUACGGAAUGAUCCAUUGAGAAGUAAAACUAGUGAUCAAGAUGGUUUGGUGAUGCCGGUACAUCCAAAUCCGAGAGCCUCUCUCGUCCGUUUGAGACAGCUGAUAACAUUCGUAUGCAAAUUCGACUAUGAUUUAUGCAAACAACUGCAAUCGCUCCAGCCAGCUAUAUCAAAAACCACAGUUAGACGUUUGGACAGGGAAGAAGCCGUCCGAUCACAUCUGCUUCUCCGGAAACCUGAAAAGUAA